CGCUCGCUGCUGAUUGCGGGGCAGCGUCUCGAUGUACAGUGACGGAGUCAGAGCGGACAACUUUCAGCCGUUGUUGGGGAUUUUUUUUCACAGGCUCCGUUAAAGCUUGUUUGAUUUGUUUGGAUAUCUUGGACAUUAUGUCAGUAAACAGUCGAGCAGCCAUCCAGGGACCAGGGCAGCUUGGUGAGUUCAGGGGCUAGCCGGCCUUCUGUACCCCCUCCUGUAAAGGGUGGCAGCUGGGAUGCUCCGGAAGAGCAGCAGCAGCAACAGCUGUGGUGCUGGUGGUGGUGGUGGUGCUGGUGUCGGUGGGGCUAAGUACAACCAGAGUCUGCCACGACACCUCUCCAAGACCCACACUGGAUCUCUGUCGGCCGGGUCUACCAAGACUUGGGAUAUGGGCCGCAACUCCACCAAGAACCCCAAUCCUCUGAGCAGCAUGGGGCUGACGUCCCACCUGGUCGGGGCAUCAGGAGUGGACCCGGAGUAUGUAAUGCAGCUGGUGAAUGAUGUGCGGUGCUUCGCGGACGUGUUGCUCAACCUCAAGGAGGCUUUCCAUUGUAAAGAGAAUCUGGAAGAUCUUCAGGAGGUGGUGCAGGAACGUUUGGCUGAGUUAGUCCGCGUCCUCAAGGCGGUCAUCGGCAAACACCAGACCCUCAACUCUGUGGACAUCCUGGGAGCGGCCGGAACGGUCAUUGCCAAGGUCAAAGGCGUUAACUUCAAGGAAGUGAACCCAGAAAACACAAAAGCUAUAUUUGGCGAGAUACACACAUCCAUUGACACUUUGGCAUUCACGUUCGGCAAUGUAGUUUCUGACUUCCUUAUGGGAGAUGUGGACAGCGGCUCAGGGUUGGGGAUACCCCAGACCAGAAGAAGCAGGUCUUUUGACAAUCUCUCCGUGGAUCCCGAGGAAUAUGUCUCAGAGAAAAGUGACCUUGUGGGCCCGGAGGUGCCGUUGUCACGGGAGGAAGAAGUCGACUUGACCCUGCUGAAGAAUGACAGCGGGGUGGAGUCUGCUCUACUCUACGCCAAAGCCUGGUCCAAGUAUAUUAAAGACCUUCUGGCCUGGAUGGAGAAACGAGUGGCUAUGGAUAUUGAGUAUGCCAAAAAUUAUGCCAAAAUGGCUGAAGCUGCCAAGACACUGGCCAGUCAACAGGAUUACAUGCCCUUCAGUGACAUCUACGUUUCCACAUUCAAGAACGACAUCGAAUACAAACAGCUGCUCAUUCAAACUGCCAUGGCUCUUCAGACCAAUAAGUUCAUACAGCCUCUCCUGGCCCGUAAGAAUGAACUGGACAAGUUGAGGAAAGACCUGAAGGAGCAGUGGCAGAGGGAGCAAAAGAAAAUGCAAGAGGCAGAUGCAACCUUGCGCAAGGCUCGAACGCUGAAGGCCCAGAGGAGAGAGGAGUACCAGAAAGCCCACUCAUCGACCAACCGCUCCCAGGAGGAGCAGUCUAAUGCGGGUAACAAACAGCUGGAGAAGAAGAGGAAGCUGGAGGAGGAGGCUCUGCAGAAGGCGGAGGAGGCCCAGGAUCAGUACCAGAGCUGUAUGGCUGACGCAGGCGUCAGGAAGAUGGAUCUGGCCAACGCGAAGAGCACCAUCCUCACACAGAUCCGAGAGAUGGUCUUCCAGUGUGACCUUACACUCAAAGCUGUGACAGUGAACUGGUUUCAGAUGCAGCAGGCGCAGACUGUGUCGCUCCCUGCUCACUACCAGGCCAUGAGCGAGAGCGCCAAGUUGUACGAACCAGGUGAAUGCUACGCUGAGUUCGUCAGGAACCUGCCCAGAAAUCUGCCCAAACAGCGCGUGCACUCAGACUCCAUCUCCUCUGACAGUACCAGGUUCGUGUUCAACAAAAGGUCAGUGGGCAGCACUCAUUCCUCCCACGGCAACCUGUCGCAGGCAUCCAUCACGUCCUGCGACGUGCUGAGCGGAGACGAAGUGGACAGUCCUCUACACCGGCCUGCGAAGAUCAGCGAGCGGAGGUCCAACAGCAGCACAGACAUACAAGCACUGAGAAAUCAGGCCACGCUGAGAGCCUGGGCCUCCAGCAGUCAGGGGAGCCAGGGCGGGAUGUGCAGUGACUCAGAGAGCGCCGGAGGCAGCAGCGAGUCGAGGUCCAUGGACUCCCCAACCGCCAGUCCAGGAGACUUCAAACGACGGCUGCCGAGGACUCCCUCCACCGGGACCAUGUCCUCUGCUGAUGACCUCGAUGAAAGAGAGCCACCAUCACCCUCAGAUAACGGUCUGGCAGAGAUGGUGACGGAGACGGCCAGUUCUCCCGGGCCCUUCCGAAACGCUCAGAUGUCGAAAGCUGCUCAAACCCACAAGCUGAGAAAACUACGAGCUCCGUCUAAGUGCAGGGAGUGCGAUAGUCUGGUGGUUUUUCACGGAGCCGAGUGCGAGGAGUGCUCCCUGGCCUGUCAUAAGAAGUGUCUGGAGACGCUUGCUAUCCAGUGCGGCCAUAAAAAGCUGCAAGGCAGGCUACAACUGUUUGGUAUAGACUUUGCCCAAGCAUCAAAAAACAGCCCAGAUGGUAUCCCUUUUAUCAUCAAGAAGUGCACGUCUGAGAUCGAGAGUCGAGCGCUCAACAUCAAGGGGAUCUACCGUGUGAAUGGAGCUAAGUCCCGCGUCGAGAAGCUCUGUCAGGCGUUUGAAAACGGGAAGGACUUGGUCGAGCUGUCUGAUCUCUCACCUCACGACAUCAGCAACGUCCUCAAACUCUAUCUGAGACAGUUACCAGAGCCGCUGAUUCUAUAUCGAUACUACAACGAAUUCAUCGGCUUGGCCAAAGAGUGCCAGAGAGUGAUUGUGGAGGAGGCUGACAAACCUCAGAGCCCUCCGACGGGAGAGAAAAGCAGCCCGAGCGUCCAGCUCAACAGGGUCAUCUUCAAGAUCAGAGACUUUCUCCAGCAGCUGCCUCCGGCCAACUACAGAACUCUGCGCUUUCUUAUAGCGCACCUUAACAGAGUGACUGAGCAGGCAGAGGAGAACAAGAUGACGGCGAGUAACCUGGGCAUUAUCUUUGGCCCCACGCUGGUCAAACCACGACAGACGGACGCCGAGGUGUCCCUGUCCUCCCUGGUGGACUACCCCUACCAGGCCCUGAUGGUCGAGCUGCUGGUGCGACACUUCAAAACGAUCUUCGACGUAUCGCUUCUCCCCAGCUCGGAAAUCACCACGACUGGCCAGGCGUCUCCCAGACUCACCCCCCAAGAGAAGGUGCAACGCCUCAGCAGACACUCCACUUCCCUGAUGGACAUCAAAGAGAGUGCCAAAGUGUACAAAAGAUACUCAUCAGUAAUCCCGUCCUCACACAUCCUGGAUGAGGUCCAGGAGGUCCAGCCAGGAGCUGACAGAACAGAGGUCUCAGCCCUGGACAAACUCAACGGGAUCCAGACAUCUGGUGGAGAAGAAGUCCAGAGGUCAACCUUAGUGUUUGGCCGUCCCAGCUCCACUAACGCCUCCACCGCCACCACCGUGGCACCAAAGGUCCAACUACGCAACCAGCGUAUCAGACACGUGUCUCGGCCGAUCAGCAUGCCGCUGGAACGCCUGCCCACCCCCGCCCAGAUCAGCGAGAGGAAUAACCGCAACACUGCUGCUAACGCGGAUAUGAGCUCCGCCGAGCGGGACCCCGUCUCUGAGACUAUACAGGAGAUACCAGAGACAGAAAAGGCCCGUCAGAGCGGCUCAUCCAGGGUUAGCACCUACUAUAUCACUCCUUUCAUUGACACGCAGACAAUACAGAGGAGAACGUGGGACAGGAAGUACAAGCACUAUGAUGUUACACCGAGAACUGCUAUGAUCGUGGCCAACCUGCCACCCGCCAGCUCUGGAGUACAACCUGUAAAGGCAGCGAUGCCGGUCACUGUAACAACUGCCUCUGUGCUCCCUACUAUGAGUAGUGUGAGCACCAUAUUCUCCAACAACCCUUACUCAGUGUCGGUGAAGCCUGUCUGGACUUCUAAAAGGGAAAAUGACACAGAUAACUCAGUCAGUGAUGCAAGAAGCUUGUCAAAUCCUCUUCUAACGCUCAGGGCACCGAGAACUCUGCAGCCCCCUCCUGGAACUUUCUACAAGCCCCCUCCUUCCAUUAACAGCAGAGCUAGGACGCUUCCAAACUGGACUACUACUGUGACCACCAUCACCACCACCACCACCGCCACCACCGCCUCAUCGCUCGCCCCCAUCAAACCCGCAGAGGUAGCCACGCCGUCCCCCGCCCUUACAAGCCCCCCACAGACACGGCUCCAGACACAGGACUCCACCGACAGCGCCAUUGACCCAGGGGGCUCGACCUCUUCUAAUCUUUCACCCCCAAACAGCCCCGAAGACCUCAGCCCCAGCGAGAACAAACCCAUCUACCAAAGACUGCGACCUCGGCGGCUGCAGGAGCUCGAACACAGAGAGGCUCAUUUUGUCUGACGCCAAAAAUAAGAAAAAAAAACACACAUUAUAUCUGUAAAUAUUAAUGUAUCUGUGCCAUAGUGUAUACAGGGGGGGAAACAUUUUUAUCAUACAAGCUGAGAGUGGGAGAGGCCUGUGAAAAUAAACCAUGAAAGUGUUAUAAGUACUAAUAUAUUGUAUUUUACAUGUUCAAGUCUCCCGAGCAUUCAAAACAAGCAAAUACUGAUGCAACAUUGAAUGUUUUGUGUCGC